AUGCAGUACAAGGCUCUCUCUCUGCUCGCCCUGAGCGCCGUUGCUCUGGCUGCCCCGAGCCCCCAGCAGAACACCGAACUCGAGGAAAUGCCUGACUACGAGGAGUACGUCUCCUCCGUGGGCGCUGCUGCCAGCAAGACCGACCCUGCCGGCUUCGGCGUGCCCACCGACCUUGGCGUCCCCACUUCCGUUCUGGCCGUCCUGGUCACCGCCAUGCCCGCUUCGUUCGUAAGCCAGCUGGCCGAUCCUUCCGCCGUCUCGCAGCUGGACAAGGACUGGGAGAGCGGCAAGUACCCUGCCUGGUACUCCAGCCUGCCCGGCGACGUCAAGGACUACGUCUCGUCCAUGUACGCUGAGUACAGCGAUGCCUCAACUCUCCCGACCAACACCGCUUCGGCAACCGACAGCGACAAGAGCACCACCGCUGGCUCCGGCUCCGCGUCCGCCACGGCCACGUCCACCGGCACCUCGGACGCUUCGUCCUCCGCCGCUCAGUCCAGCAGCUCCAAGACCACUGGCUCUCAGACCACCGGAUCGAGCUCCGCCUCUGCUAGCUCCUCCGCCGCCGAGACCACCGGCUCUCAGGGCGCGACCUCCGAGGGUGGUGCUCCCGCUCCCACUGGCGCCAUGGCCGCCAGCUUUGCCGGUGCCGCGGGUAUCCUUGGUCUCGCCUUUGCUCUGUAA